AUGAAACUCCACAGAUUCCCAUUUAUUUAUGCAAUUUCAAUCUUGAUCCUAUGUGGAUGUUUUCUAGCUAAAGAAUUUUAUAUUCCAGUCCCUGUUAUGUGGAAAUUUGCAAUGAUUCCUUCCAAAAUCUUGAAAUUUCAAAUUUGGAGAUUGUUAACCUAUCACUUUUUCAACACAAGUAUUGUUCAUUUAUUGAUAUGUGUUGCUAUCUUCUUCCACAUUGGUAAUGAUUUAGAAAAUAAAGUUGGACAUUUUGGCUUUGUAAUUCAUUUAUUCAUUCUAUCGAUAUUAAUUGGAGCUUGUUACACAGUUGGUGCCUUGUUAACUAUAUCAAUUGACUCAUUCAAAACAUUUAAUUAUCCAAUUUUUGGAACAUUUAGUCUCAGUAUGGCAAUUUCUGCAAUUGAUGUUUACAUUACUGACCAUCGCUAUAAAUCUGUAUUUGGAAUCAUCCAUGUACCUACAAAAUUAUAUCCCUUAGUAAUGCUAUGUCUUUAUCACAUUGCAUUACCUGAAGCAUGCUAUUUAAGCUCAUUUGCUGGAUUGUUAGUUGGUAUAUUGUAUGCUAUCACAUACUUCCAACCUCCCCCGAAGAAGAGCGAUAGAAUGAGUAAUAAGCCAAGUCCAUAUGUAUCUUCUUUAUAUCAAGACCAUGAAUUAGGAGCUGAUUCUGCUAAUAACUUGCCAUUUGCGUUAUUUUCUCUUUCUUGGAUUGAAUCAGAUCAAAAGUCCAAGCGUAAUGACAAAUUAUAG